AUCUCCAACUCUCUUAGCCAAUGCCCGGGCACUGUAAACCUUAGAAGCCAGGCGUGAAACGUGAGCCAGUAGUUGUUUAAAGGGAUUAUUCUUCCCACCCACAACCCAGUCUCAUUGGGAUAGUUAGCAUAUCACGUGCCUGCGCUUUAAUGAACUGGACACAUGGACGUAGUCGUGCGCAUGCGCGUGUGUAAAAUGUAGUUGGAAAUGAGGUAUCAGUCUUAGAGUAGGCGACUUUUAAAAAGCAUCGGCAGCCCGUGAUAUGACGACUUCGCUGGUCCUGCAUCCACGCUGGGCGGACACCUUGAUGUACGUGUAUGAAAAAAGCCCGAAUGAAAAUAAUCAGAAUAAAAGCCAAAUUAUGGAAGGAUUGAGCGGGAAUUGCCCUGCGACUCAUUGCAGGGAACUGAUCUCACACCCCGCGUUGGGGCGGCAUUCCGGCACCAUAGCGACUCACCAGGGAUCCAUGUACUCGGAUAUAUCUUCCCCUGAAACUGGGCGACAGUGCCCCGCUCCACAGACGUCAUCUAGCGCCUCUCUGAGUUACGGCUACCCCUUUGGAAACCCUUACUACGGUUGCAGAUUAUCUCACUCGCACAACGUGAACUUGCAGCAGAAACCAUGUUCAUACCAUCCCGCAGACAAAUAUGCCGAGACGAGCAGCGCCUUGCCCACGGAGGAGCUCUCCAGCAGGGCAAAAGAGUUUGCUUUCUACCCGAGUUUUGCCAGCUCGUACCAGGCGGUUCCGGGAUAUCUAGAUAUGUCGGUGGUCCCCAGUAUUAGUGCGCAUCCUGAGCCACGUCACGAUGCAUUGAUCCCCAUGGAGGGCUAUCAACACUGGGCUCUGUCGAAUGGCUGGGAUGGACAGGUGUACUGUUCAAAGGAACAGACACAGUCUUCUCAUCUUUGGAAAUCUCCGUUUCCAGAUGUUGUUCCGUUGCAGCCAGAAGUCAGCAGUUAUCGUCGAGGGCGCAAAAAGCGUGUUCCCUACACCAAGAUACAACUAAAGGAACUGGAAAAAGAGUAUGCAGCAAGCAAGUUCAUCACCAAAGACAAGAGACGACGCAUCUCUGCGACAACCAACCUCUCAGAACGCCAAGUUACUAUUUGGUUCCAGAACCGCAGAGUAAAGGAGAAAAAGUUUGUCAGUAAAUCAAAGACUAAUAAUCACAUGCAUACUUGAUAUACCUUUCGUACUUUUGUCGCCAGCCAAUAUCCCUCCGUCCAGAAAGUCUUAUUUACCUCUUUUCAGAAAUCAUGAAUGAAGAACAUCUUGGCAGCCUCAUGCCUAAACUGUCUUCUUUCACUUUAUUUAAUUUAAAGCAUGCACACACAUCAUAACCGCUUACUCUUUGGCUUUUUGGGCAUAUGAUACAAAACUGUGAAAAUACAGAAAAAAAAGAGAAAACAUUUAAACUUCGUCCUUUUUCUAUGAAUGUACAUAUAUAAAUAAUAAAUAUUUAAAAUUACACAAGUAUCAAAGAGACACAUGGUUUACGUGCAUCUGAAAUUUAAAGGAGACCCGACCCUUCUGCAUCUCUUCCCGAGUGCGUCAACGCCAACUAGCCAGCAGAAAACACUCGAGGGGCUCAACAUGUACGAGAAGAAAGAGUAAAAAAUCUGUGGGACACUUUGGAUGAAUCAAGACUUGUAUAACCUCUCGAAAGGCUGUAGCAAAUGCUGAACUGGAUCACAAAUAGAACCGACAUUUGUUUAUCGUGGACAUUACAAAGAUUUUGCUAGAAUGAGCCUGUGAGACUUCAAAAGCUAAAUGGUUCACUGUGGGAUACAUUGCUUUUUAAUGCCGAGGGUAAACCAGGCUGCUAAUGUUAACUGUACAGUUUAAUGCUUCUAUUAUUUAAUUUAGAUUUCGCGUAUGACAGUUCUGUAAAAAAGGAAUGUUAGAUCAUUUGUAUGUGUACUUAUUAGCAGUGAAGGAUAUGACUCUGCCAUGCAACUGGAAUGAUUGUAAGCAUUUAAAAAUCAUUUAGUAUUAAACAUUAAUGCACAACCUUUUUUGUUUUUAUAUAUAGAAAUAUAUAUCGUAAAGCAUUGGAGCUGUUCACACGACUUGUCUGUAACUCUUUUCGUGCAGUAUGUGAACUGUAUUGUGGUGUUCAAUUCCUAAAGUACUGAAUUGAGACAUUUCAUAAAUAAAAAUGACAAAG